AUGGUCGGGUUGUCCUCCCUGGCAGGCAUCGCUGCCUCUGAGCGACUGAACUGCUACCCAUGCCUCCCGGGCGCCGUGGUCCGCCUCCCAGAGCCCACUCGAGACCAGAACCCUCUUGGAGUCGCCAGCGGCAUACGGGAGUCACAGCCAGCCCGGGACCUGGCACGCACUGGCCAAGCCGCCCAGAGAGGUGGCUGGCCUGAGGGACACGGCAAGCACCCUCAAAACACUGCGCGCGCCGCCGGCUUCUCGCACACACGCCAAAAGCCGCGGGCCAGCGGGCUGGCUCCCUGCUCCCACCUCUCUGUCCCCCGAACGCCCCUGCCCGGAGAGCGCUGGAACUCAGCAAAAGGUCGGCCCGCUGCGUUGGCCGGGAAUCGAACCCGGGUCAACUGCUUGGAAGGCAGCUAUGCUCACCACUAUACCACCAACGCUCCACAGCCCGGGCGGCCGCCAGACGCCGGCCCCGGGCUCGCCCCAGCAUACUCUCGCCGCCGCCUCCGCAUCCCUGCCCCGACGCCCCGGCAGCCGGAGGCUCUGCGCCGCCGCCGGCGCCCCCCAGCAGCCACGCGGCGCCCCAAGCUCGCCAGCGCUACGCAGUGGCCGGGAUCCACCGGCCCCACCGCCCCAGGGCGGCGCCCCCGCGGCCUUGCGGCCCUCCGGCCCUUCGCUCCCCGCCGCGGCCCGCCAACGCCUCCGCCCUCACCCCCGGCGGGCAACGCGGGGCAUGCAGCUUCCAGCACCCAGCUGGCCAAAGCCCUACUCCACCGGGCGCUGGGCGAGGCCACUUCCCACGACGACAAGGGGACACGGGACCCACCUGGCUGCACGCGUCGGGGCGCCGUGCCGAGCCGCGCGGCGGGGCCGUCAUCCGGCUAUGGUCGGGCAAGGCCGUGGGGUCGCCAAGGAGGCCCUCGCUCCGCCGUGGCGAUCGUGCGCCCGCCGACGACAAAGGGCUCAGGCUGGAGCGCUGCACGGGCAGAGGGGGGUCGACGGGAGCUAGGCCGGGCACCGCCGUUGGCGGCGCCCUGGCGCCUCGCCCGAAGACGUCGGGAGGAGACGAAGGGCCCUUGGGGGCCUGGCGGCAGGACAGAGAGCGACCGCGGCCACCAAAAAGGGUGUGUUGCCUCCCCGUCGGGGAAUCGAACCCCGGUCUCCCGCGUGACAGGCGGGGAUACUCACCACUAUACUAACGAGGACGGCGGCGACCGUCCUGCCUGCCGCCCGGCCGCUCUCGGGCUCUCGGGCUGCCUGCCGACGCCUCCCCUUGCCCAGCACGGGCCCCCGGCCACCACGGGUCCCGACCCAACCGCGCACCAAACCACCCGCCUCGGUCACAGCGGCAGCCCGCCACCCCGACAGGGACCCGGACCCCCGGGGCACUGGACACUCCCCAGCGCGCGCCGCCUCUUGCCUCCAACGCGGGCGUUCCGCCGGGAGAAGGGGGCGCGAGAAGGCAAGCGGGGCUGCGAGGACACGGGGGGCGCGCGCCGGCCGGCGUCGGGCCAGGAGAGGCGCGGGUGGGGAGGGGCCGGCCCGCCGAGGGCCCGGCUGGGUCCGCGGCGCGAGCGGCGGCGGAGCCAGGCGCCUCGGCCGGCCGCCGCGCGCCGGCUCGGUCGACCCCCACUCCGGACGGCCGCCUGCCUGCCUGCCUGCCUGCCUGCCUGCCUGCCUGGCGUGGCGCCCCGCGCGGCCCGCCAAGGGCGCCGGUGCUCGCGCCGCGUCGGGUCCCAGCCAGGCCAGCGGCCACGCGCCCAGCCAGGCCCGCCGUCAGGAUGGCCGAGCGGUCUAAGGCGCUGCGUUCAGGUCGCAGUCUCCCCUGGAGGCGUGGGUUCGAAUCCCACUCCUGACAAGCCCGCCUUUUGGCCCGCCGGACAAACGCACCCGUCCUCCCCGCGCCACUGCCUUUCUCCACACAUGCCCUCCCGCCGCCGCCGCCUGCACCCCUCACACCAGGAACCUUCAGUCCUUCUCAGCGCAUCUUUGCUCGCCAGCUGGCUGCAGCUGCAGCUGCUGCUUUUCCUGCCUCCCUGCCGCCCCCUUGCCCACCCUCGCCCACCCUCCCCCACCCUCCCCCACCCUCCCCCUGCCGCUCCCACGGCCCCGCCGCGCCCCGCUCCCGGCCGCGCCAAAGCACGCGGCCCCGCGGCGGGUGGCAAGCCCUCCUCCCCUCGCCGGCGCUCCGACUUCUGCCCGGGGAACGGCCUACUCGCCCUCGCAGCCGUGCUUCCGCGGCCGCCCCCGCCAGCUCUCCCGCCGGGCCGGCACCCCGUCCUCCGCGCCCGCCCCGCCGGCCCGCCUGCGCUCCCCAGCCACAGCGAGGCGGCCGAGCCCCCGCCUUGCCCGCCAAGUGGGUGCCGCGUGCCCUCGACCCUUCUCCGCCGUGCGUUCUUGGCCGGGCCGCACCUGCCUGCCGCCCGCCCGGGACGCGUGCCAUCCAGCCUUCCUGCUGGCCAGCGCACACCGGCCUUCCUUGCACGAGUCCGUCCCGGGAAGGGUGCUCCGCUGGGGAGGGAGCGGAAGCCCUGCGUGCCCGUCCAGCCCACCCACCGGCGCCCGGCCCGCGCCCCCGACCUCGGCGCCACGGCGCCCGUUCCCGUGGGAAGCCGCUGCCCCGGCCGGAGCCAAGCCCGCCCUGGCGCGCUCCCUGCCUCUCAGCCGGCAGUCCCCGAGCCAGGAGCCGCUCUGCCAAAGGGCCCCUGCUCACCACCACCACCCCGUCAGAGCCGGACCCCGGGAGCGCGGUCGGCCAGAGCGCAGGAGCCAGGCUCACACGCCUUUGGGUCCUUGGGCCUGAGCGCCCCCGAGCCCGGCGUCCCGGCCCGCGCCCGCUCUCGCGCGCCCCACCCCGGCCCGGCCGGAAAGCCAGCCCGCCAGGGGGACUUUGGGUCGGGACCCGGCGGUCGCGGAGAGGCACGUCGGCGCGCGGCCGCAGCGACCACGCAGCGCCUGCGCCUGCACCUGACAGGGAUCCCGGCGCCGGCUCCCGGCCCCCUCGCGCGACACCGACAGGGUCGCGGCGGCCGUGGUCGGCGCAGAAGGCGCGGGACGGGCCGAGUGGGCCCGCGUCCCGCCGCUCCGGGCUCCCUCCGAGAGCGCCGCGCCCCGGGGUCCUGCACGUGCCCGGAUCCUGCCUUCCAGGUCGCCCGCCCGCCGUCUCCUGCUCCAACGGAGCAGAGAGACGCCCACGGGCGAGCAGUGAGCAGCGGCGGGCGGGUGGCGGCCGGCGCCUCAGGGGCAGCGACGGGCGGCGCUGGCCACCGGUGCAUGGGUGGUUCAGUGGUAGAAUUCUCGCCUGCCACGCGGGAGGCCCGGGUUCGAUUCCCGGCCCAUGCAGCCACAGCGUCCCCUUUUGGUCCCACGGUGCGGGCCCCAGAGCCGAACUAG